AUGGGAACAAUGGGGAGCUUUGCGCAAAGUCUUGGGGGAUCUCAAUCGUCUUCGACGCCACUAGACCUCUCGGAGUUUCCUUCGCUAUCAGGAGCAUCGCAACAAUCACAGUCUCAAACUCCCGGUCAGCUAAUGUGGGCCAACGCAAGUCAACGCGCUGCUCAACAAACACCCGUCCAAAGACAACAGCACCCCUCGACAUCGCAAACCCCUUCUCGAUCCUCCCAAACGCAAGGUCUUCCUACACCGCAACAGUCUCAACCACCACAUGAUGACAUGUUUCCUUCCGGUGCGCAGUUUGCCAACCGACUCGAUGACUUCAGAAACGGUGGACAGGGCAUCAGCAGCCAACUCGGUGCGGGUGGACAGCCCCAGACAGGCAAUAUUGAAGAGUUCCCUCCUUUGGGCCGAAAUGCUGCUGCAGACCUCCCUCUGGGCCGAACUGGUGCUCUCAUGCAAGGUGGGGGGUUUGGAAACUAUGGAUCCGGUAUGUCAAGAUGUGCCCGCGACGAGCCCUUCUCCGCACUCAACAUUACGAGGACAUCCAUUGUUGCUUGCACGAGAACGCUUUAUUGCCACACAUUCAACAAUAGACUACUUACUGAUCCCGUUGCUCCAGGUUUAGGGCCAUCUCGGUCACCAGUCAGCCAAGCGCCGAAUGGUAUUUCGGGACAAGAGAAAGAAAAUUUGGGACACAAUGUGCUCUCAAGUCAAAGAAACUUCAGCGACCCACAACAGCUCCAACAAAGGCAGCAAGAAACCAGUGACAGCCAAGAAGUCGGUGCACCCCAAACCGAGCAGCCACCUCUCGCUCAGAUGAGCGACCUUGAAAGAUUCGGGCUGUCCGGUUUGCUGCGCAUGAUUCAUAGUGAAAGCCCUGAUGUGGCGAGUCUCGCGGUUGGCCAGGAUCUAAUGACACUCGGGUUGGAUUUGAAUCAGGCCGAACCCUUACAUACGUCAUUUGCUUCACCAUUUGUCUCCUCAAUGUCAGCAGUCCCUCUGGAGCAAGAUUUUUCCCUUCCAGCCUGCUACAACGUUGCCAAUAUCCAACCUCUCCAGUCUCGAAUCCCGGGCUUCAGCGACGAAACGCUCUUCUUCAUCUUCUACAGCCUGCCUCGGGAUAUCAUGCAGGAACUUGUAGCUGAGGAAUUGAUGGGCCGCAAAUGGCGAUAUCACAAGCUUGAGCGCUGUUGGUUGACUCGCGACGAGACAUAUCCCGGACCCGUCGAUGUGGAGCGUGGUGUAACAGAGCGCGGCGUGUAUCUCCUCUGGGAUCCUGCUACCUGGAAGAAGAUCCGACGUGAGUUCAUCCUUCGAUAUGAGGACUUGGACAACCGGUUAGAUCCCAAUCGAGGUGUUGCUCGGCCAGUUGGCGUGACGCAUCACGCUUCAUGA